AUUUUUACAGUAGUGAUCUGAAAACUAGUUAGCAUCCUGCUUCCUGAACAUGUCCAUCAUCCUGAUUUCAUCCUUUUAUCGAGUCGCUCCUGAGGGGAGCAGGAGAUCGCACAGGGCGGGUAGUGUUUGGGCCGUGCAGCUGGACGGGGCAGACUCAAAGGAAUCCUUGUUUUGUCACACCGGGAGGAAGAGCGGACCUAACAGGGGACGUUAAUGUCUGCAGAGGUGGCUCCUUUUACCGCAGGAAGCUGCGAGGCGCAGGGUGCGUGAUAAGGAAUGCCAAAAGCUGACGGACAUCAUGCGGCUCCUGCGCACGACGCAUCCAAAGUCUGUGCGUUUAGAUUUGCUCAACAGAUUACACGAAAGUAUUACAGAUUUAGAAACAAAAAAGAAAAAAAAACAUGGUGUUUCCCGACACUUUAGUAAGAUUACUGUAAUGUGAGGCAAUAUUCCUUUAAAACAGGAAGAGCUAAGGUCACAAGAGAUGAUGAGACGUUUGACAAGAGAAAAAAGUCACUUCUCCACACUGCUGCAACCGAAGAGAGACUGAAAUCUUCAUCUCUUUGUGUAAAGCUCCUCAUUUGUUCUGGUUUCACAAGUUGACUCGGUUUAUUUUCAUUAGCAGCAAAUGCGGUUGAAGUUUUUAUCACGCUUUCGUGGCUUCUUUAAGUUUUGACACAUUCACGGAUAUCAAUAUCUAUAAUUGAUUCCGAGGAACAACCACACGAACGUCAUUGUUUUGAGAUUGGGUGUAAAAAUAUCUGGGACGUUGUCGCCCCCCAGUGGCGGAGCGGUGAAAUUGCAGCCGUGACUCGUGAGUCGGCAGAAAAGGCGAUCCCAGCCGGUUUCCCCAGGACUCAAACUCCCAGAAUUCAACACGGCCGGCUCCUCCUCUCGGCUCGUUGCGCCCCGGCGAGCUGCAGCUGUUGCAGCCCCGCCUCAGGCGUGUCUUUCUGCGGCUGCAGGUGGAGAUGGAGAGCAUAUGGAGCCCGGAAAGGAGCUGAGAGGAAGAGGAAGAUGGCAGAAGGAGGAGAGGGAGAAGAGGAGAUUCAGUUCCUGCGAACGGAUGACCAGGUGGUUCUGCAGUGCACCGCCUCCGUUCUGAAGGAGCAGCAGAUCAAACUCUGUCUUUCCUGUGAGGGCUUCGGGAACCGACUCUGCUUCCUGGAAACCACGUCCAACGCUCAGAAUGUUCCCCCGGAUCUGGCCAUAUGCACGUUCAUCCUGGAGCAGUCACUCUCGGUCCGAGCGCUGGUGGAGAUGCUGGCCAACACAGUGGAGAUGACCGAGGUAUCUUAAAGCUGCAGGAUGUAACCUUUAUAAAAAAG